AUGUAUGCAAUUCAGUACAUCCCAGCGGUCAAGUCCCCUCCAUCCGACCAGCCGGACCAACUAGCCCAACCUGAUGCAGACUCUCCUGAUGCUCCCUUGCCGCCACCAGCCGUUCCUCCGGCGUCCCAAGAUCCAACACCAACCCACCAGAGCGGGACUGCUCCUCCAACAACAGUUCAGCCACCGCAACCUACCCUCUCCACCAAGCGUUCACGUCGCAAGGAGUCCAAGAAAAGCCAGUCCAAACAACCUACAGCGACGCCUACGCCGACUCCUCACACACCCCCCAAACCGCCUUCCACUGGACCAAAAAAGUCUACCCCACAGUCAGCAACCAACCCUCCUCCCACGUCUUCAGCCCGGGCAAAACUUUCCGCAUCUGAACAGGCCCCCACCACUGAGGCGUUCGACCGAAGUGCAUGGCUUGCGGCAAUGGAUGCUGAACUGAACCAGGGCCCAGCCGGUCUCUUCCAAAUGAUCCUACCAGGUCCGAUUGACGGUUUCUACGUGUUUGUGGUGCGCCAAAAGUUUGCCUCAUUGGCACAGGAGGUUCUCAAGAACUUGGCUGCCUUCCUUAUCUCUCUCCUGGAGCUCUGGCGGGAUCUGAAGCACCAGAGGAAGACAUGCCGCACUUGGCUCUGCUUGGAUCACUACAAUCGAACGGUUACCAAGGCUAUGACCUGGGAUCAAAGCCAACAUCGGGCACUCUCUGAGUAUGAGAGGGAUGUCGACUUGGACCAGCAAGUGGAAAAGGACGAUAAUGAGUGGAUUGAGAAGCUCCUUGCGGCCGAGCAGGCUUCUCCGGAAUUCGAGGGCACCAUCACCAUUGACCUUUCGAUGCCAGCUGCCAAGGAUAUGGACAAUGGUGCUACAGUAGGAAGCGCGGCCAAUAUGGCAGCACUAUUGGAGAAUAUGAAAGCGGAUGUCAACGAUCUGUGCACGGAAUUAGAGACUGCGGCGGAGGAACUGGCUCAAGCCAAGGAUGCUCGAAUCCUGGAAUUGGAGGCCAAAAUGGCAGAACAAGCAUCGGUCACAGGGAAGCACCGUUUGUCCAGCCCCUCCUCCAGCAAAGCAACAUCAUCGGCUGACAGUGGGGGUCCCCCCCCCCGGCGCCAGGUGGCCCACUCCUCGCUGGAUGCUCAUGUAAACUCUCUCCCUCCCGGUAACUACUUCGGCGAUGACUCACGCCAGAAGUCUCCUCACGUUACCCGGGUCCUUUUUCAAAAUGUUCAGGGUCUUCCAUUUCCCAUGACACAUGAGAAACAGAAAGGGCUCUUCAAGUGUUGGACAAAUGAGAGAAUGGGCAUUGCAUUGCUGGCUGAAGUUAACCUUCAAUGGUCAGCAGUGCCAAGAGGACAAAAGUGGUUUGAUCGGGUCAAGUCCUACACCAAUCAGGGACAUUUCUCUUCAGUGUUGUACCACGAACAUCAGGAGUUUCCAACUCCCUUGGCGCAUCAAUGGGGCGGAUGUUCCGCUACAUUACUCAACAAGGUCGCGCGUCGGGCAAAGUCAGGCGGCAAAGAUGAGUCAGGGCUAGGUAGGUUCUCAUUGAUCAAGAUCCGGGGCAGGGACAUCCGACAACAGGAGUCUCAGACUGAUGGGCCCCCGGCUGGUCCUUUAGAUCUUGUGGUGGUCUCUGCAUAUCGUCCAAACCCGGAAGGUACCAAUGAGGGUAGUGUUUGGAACUACCAACGGAAUUACUGGCUGAGCAAGGGGGUGACUAUGGAUCCCCGUGACAAACUCACCCUGGAUUUGGUGGACCUGAUCAAAAAGUGGAAAGCGGAAGGAUGUGAGAUUCUCCUGGGGAUAGAUGCAAACGAAGAUGUCUCCUACAACUCUCCCUCUUCCAUAAAACUCAGAAAUCAAAAAUCAAAAACUAAAAGGUAG